AUGGUACACAUCGUGUGCGAAACCAGCACCAAGAAGCGUGUCUCGUCCUGUCUGAGCACCUUGGAAACCUUCCUCAUGCAAGACGAGCCCAUCGUGGCAAGUAUGGUAGUGGUGGAGAAAAAGGGCGUCACCGAAGGCGCAGAAAAUGUCAUCAGCGCGAUCAAAAGCAUCAUGGGAAUAACCGAUUUGAAGACGAUCAGCGAGCAUGCCAACUUAUCCGAAAUGGGCAUGAACUCCAUGACCGCGGUUGAAGUAAAGCAGACCCUCGAACGCGACUGUGAAGUCCUCCUAAGCAUUAAAGAAAUCCGAAACAUCACCUUCGCCAAACUAAAAGAGCGGUUAUCCAAAGAAGCAUCCGACCCCGCAGCACCAAGCCUACCCCCACGCGAUAACAUCUUCUUCGCCCACUUCCGCACGGAGGAGGAAUCCAAAAUACCAUUAAAACAACUGGAAAGUUUAGCUAAGAAAGAAGAUGAGGCGCCAUUGGCGAUCUUUCUGCCGGGAAUUGAAGGAGUGGCCGAAUCCAUGGGGUCCUUGGCUAACAAAUUAAAGGCUCAUGUGGAGUGUGUCCAGUACGCAAAUAACGCCAGCGACUUGGAGGCUUUCGUUCAAUCACUUCCAGAGCUAAUACCCCACGUGGAAAAUCACUUCAACCUUGUAGCAUAUUCGUAUGGUUGUGUUGUCGCGUUGGAGCUCGCUUCCAUCUUGGAAAUCCGUGGACUGAUCGGAAAAAUAAUUUUAAUCGACGGUGCACCGGAAAUGCUAAAGGAUCUCAUAAAGAUGCAGUUACCGCCGGAAGAUGAAGUGGAGGCCUCCUUGGAGACCGCCGCACUAUUUAGCCUAAUCACCCCAUAUGUACCGUUGGGGGCAACAGUAGCGCAUCGGAAAACAGUCCGCAAGUUGCGCACCUUGGAGGAACGCGUCGAGUACAUACUCGAAAUGACACCCGAAAUCAUUCCGUACUCGAAAGAGUACCAAAAGCAGGUGUCCAUCGCCGCCUGCGCGAGAGCGAAAGCUGCAUACAAUUACGAGGUGAAGUUUCCCAAGCUGAAGUCGGAGGUGACACUCAUCAAGCCGAACGAAUCGUCCCUCGUAAACUACGAAAAGGACUACCAACUGCAGAAGUUGUGCGAGAAACCUGUUCGAGUUCAUACGGUCGAAGGGACUCACACGACCAUCGUGCAGAAUCCCGUGGUUGCUGACUAUAUCAACAAAAUAAUCAACAAUUAA